AUGCAGCUUUCAAAAUCGUUCAUCACCUUUGCGAUCGUCGCUGCUUCAAGUGUCGUUGCUCACCCUGUCUUCGAACGCAAAGGACCAGCGCACUUCCAGCUGCAGGCUGUCAAAAGUGAUAUUGCUAUCUUGAAGACUGCUGUGGACAAAGCAGUGCCUCAAAUUCGAACCGCUGUCGAAGAAUCCUCCAGCGGCGCCGCAUUCGUUGAUGUCAACGCCAAAGUCAACGCGAACUUACGGACUAUCUUCAAAGCGUCGUCGACAGCUGGUUCAGCCGUUGCGCUCGAGCUCGCUGAGGCAGCCACAGAGAUCACUGCCCCUGAAGCAAGAGCUCUCAAGGCCAAUGUACAGACUCUUGCUUCGGCGGGAUCCAAACUCGCUGCUGUCUUUGAGAAGACCGCUGCUGCUGAGGCUAGUGCCACAAAUUCUGAGCUUACCGCGGAGAAGAAUGCUAUCUUUUUCGCUCUGGGCGCUAUCGUCAAGCCGCUGAAGAACUAUGCUGACGCCUCGAAGGCGAUUGGUGGAGAAGGUGCUGCAGAUGCCGUUGUCGAGUUGCGCAGUAGCGCUGCUGAGGCUUACGCCAAUAUGAAAGCGGUUGUUGGUGCUUCCACAAAUUGA